AUGAAUUAAAUGAUGGAAAAUGGAUCUGAUCAGGGGGCAAUUUAAGCUGCCUUCCCUGGAGAAUUUAGAAAUUUAGCUCCUAUUGGAAGAGGAUCUUAUGCAAAAGUUUAUAGAGCAGAAAACAAUGAUGGAGAAAUAGUUGCUAUAAAAGUAUUGAUUUUUCAAAUUAAUAGGUUAUAGAUAUAAAAAAUAUGUAAAUGGAGAUUAUUCCAUAUAUGAAGAAUGAAAUGAAAUUAUUAUCAGAAAGUGAUAAUAAAAAUGUAAUCAAAUUAUUUAAAAGUCAUCAAUCUAAUGAGAAAUUAAUUUUGAUUCUUGAAGUACUUAUUUAAUAUUAAAUUUUAGUAUUGUUUUUUAGAUGUAGAGUUUAUGUUGAAAAGAUAUUAUAAAGGAAAAUUGCCUGAUGAUUUGGUUAUUAUUAUUUUGAGAUAACUUGCAAAUGGACUUAGCUAUUUGCAUAAAAAUAAAAUCAUUCACAGAGAUUUAAAAUUAGAAAAUUUUGCUGUUCAAUUAACAAUAUAGGAUUAAAAUAAUUUAUAGAAUAAAAAUGAUCUUACAGUAUUUGAGAGAGCGACUUAUAAAUUAAUUGACUUAGGAUUAGCCAAGAAAUUGGAGGAUAUGUAAGCUUAAACAAAUACUUGGGCAGGAACAGAAUUAAAUAUGGGUAUCAAAUAUAAUUAUAAAUAAAGCUCCUGAAAUAUUAAAUGAAUAAAAAUACUCUUUCCAAGCUGAUAUGUAUAGUUUAGGAGUCUGCUUAUAUUACAUGCUUGUUGGUAAAUAUCCUUAUUUUGAUCCUACAAAUAGAACUCCACUCUAAGACUUAAUUAAAUAAGAAAAUGUUAAUCUAAAAUAUAUUAAUAAUAUUUCAUUAAGAAACUUAGUUGAAAAAAUGCUUAAAUAUGAUCCAAAAUAAAGGCUUACCUUUUCUGAAUUAUAUUAACAUGAAUUUUUAAAAUAUAGAUAAGGAGACUUAAUGAACCCAAUUGAUCUAGAAUUGGAUUCUAAUUAAAUCAUUUAUUCUAAAAAAAUUGAGGAAUCAUUUUAUGAAGAAUCCUAAAUAAAGAAAUAAUAAUAAUAAUAAUAAUAAUAAUACUAAUAAUAAUAAUAAUAAUAAUAAUAAUAAUAAUAAUAAUAAUAAUAAUAAUAAUAAUAAUACUAAUAAUAAUAAUACUAAUAAUAAUAAUACUAAUAACUUUAAUAUUAAGAAUACUCAUAAAUUCAAAUAUAAUAAGUAUCUGAAAAUUAAAGAAAAAGUUAAAUUAAAACAAUUAUGAAUACAGAACAGUAAGGAUAUUUCUAUGAUUUUCUGAACCCAACACCUGAUACAUAAAUCUAAACUGAUUCAGAGGCUAAAAAGAGUGAAAUCAAAAAUUUGUUUCCUUCUAAUGUAUAUGAUCCCAAAAAGAAACAAAAUGAUUAAAUUAUGCAACUCUAUCAUAUAAGAAAUUAAUAUACAGCUCUAAUGAAAUUGGCUGAUUAUCUUGAACAACUAAUACCAAUAGUUAAUGACUCUAAACUUACUUUCAUUACAAUGAAAUCUAAAUUUAACAUGUAUAUUGAAUAUUUAAGAAUGAUUUCAAAACAACUUUACAAAAAAUUAAAGCAAAGAUUUUAAUUCUUUUAAUAAACUUUAGGAUCAUUUGAUAGAUUUUAGUUAUUAGAAAAGUAAGUGAUGAUUGAAGAUUAACCAAAACUUGAAAAAGUUCAGCUUAGAGAAGGAAAUAGCGAAGGAAUUUUUAAUUGGGUUAAUAAAAAUGUUUUUAAGAAAAUUCAAUGUGAACCUUGUGACUCAUUGAACUUUAAUAAGCAAUAUUAAGAAAUCAAUAUUGAAUUAUAUCAAGAAUUGUUAAAGAUGUUAUAAGAUUCAUUUUAUAAAUAUGAGGAUGAUUCGGAUCUUUAAUUAAAAAGAAUUAAAUGUUUACUUUAUUUAUUAAUGAUAAAUACAGCUAGAUCUAGAGUUUUAUUUUAGGUAGAGUUAUAAAAUGUCGAUUACAAAGCUGAAGAACUUUUAUUAACUAAGGCUCGUGAUGAACCAGAUGCACUAUCAGAAAAAGUCACUAAUAUUUUAGCUUAAUAUAAUUUAAAUUAUUAUUGA